AUGAUUAAUAAUGGUUCAAGGGAUGAUGAUAAUGCUACUGAUGUUGAUCAGGCUGAGGAAGUACUCACUGGUCCAUUUCCUAGGGAGCCAUCAGAUCCAUCAGUACUGAAGAGCUUCAAGGCACAUAUUGCAAAGAGGAAUCCCUUAAGGUGUUAUAAUCAUUCGUCCAAGAUUCUUGAGUGGUGGUGGUGGUCAAGAACCAACAAUAGAAGGUUUAGAGACAUUAUGCAGCAGUCAGGCCUACCUUCUUUGGUCCAUUGCACAUAUCGGUUCGUGAAUAGGAUUUUCAUAUCUGCAUUUGUUGAGCGAUGGAAACCAGAGACAAAUAAUCUUCAUUUGACAGUUAGUGAGAUGGCAAUGACAUUGGAUGAUGUGGGUAACAUCUUGGGGAUCCCCAUCACAGGUAGAUCAGUUAGUGCUGCAACUUUGAUAGAUCAACAGGCACAUGCACUUGUGGUAGCUUCCGUGGGAGUUGAUGAUGCUAAAACAAUUGAGGAGCUAUCAUCUACUAGGGGACAAUCAGUAAAGCUGAAGUGGUUACAGAGCAAAUUCAGUGGUUAUAAAGAUUCAGACACCGAGGAAUCCAUAGCUUGUGCAGCCAAAGCGUACUUGCUUUUUCUAUUGCGAUAUACACUGUUCAGUGACAAGAGUGGGACGGGAGUUCCUGUUGUGUACUUACAAUUGUUGAUGGAUUUGACUGAUAUACAUACAUAUGCUUGGGGUGUAGCUGCAUUGGCAUAUUUAUACUGA